AUGGAUGUUAAGAAAGUCCUAAGACAAGCUUUGUCCCAGCUUGUACUUUUAGUUCCAGCAGAAAAAUUUACAACAGCUUUCGAAUCGACCCCAGAGUUGAGAUCCAUCCAGGAACCUGUCUUGUAUAUAUUAAGAGGUGAGUCUUCUCAACUACUUGUUAACCAAGACUAUUCCUCUUUAAUCUUGAAUGAAGAAUCAAAGAACAUAUUGAAGGAAUUUCCAUUCAAAAGUCUCGAUGUGGUGCUAAAGGAGUUUGUGGAUCGAGUAGUAAGAAACUUUGGAGACCAUUUUCAAAACGAAGAGUUAGCUUCCAUUCAUUUACAAUUGAUUGCCAUCUCAUUAUUACAAGUAUUUAUCCAGAUAAAUGUGACAGGCCCAAAUAUAGAUUAUAGCUCACGUGAAUUGCUUUUCAAUGAUAUUGACGAAACAUUAUUACAACUUGAGAGUGUUAAGCUAUUAGCACUUGAAGGUCAAACUGCUUAUGACUUAAUGGUGGAUCCUUUAUUUUUGAUUCUUGCAACAUUGAUUUUCGAACGUUUGUCUAAUGUUGAAUCAAAAUUUUCGGUAAUAGCCAAAAAUAAAGACGUUAGUAUUGACGAUAUAGCUACCGUUACUUCAAAAUUUAUUGAAUCAUUGAAUGAUGACCCCAUCCAAUCUUCUCUUCAAUGGUGGAGAGCAAGAUGCUCACAAGUUCACUUGUGUGUUUUAAAUGAACCACCCAGUGUUUUAUCUUCUUUGUCGUCCUUGUUGUUGAGUCCUUCAAUAGUCAAUUCAUUAUGCCCAGCUUCCGAUAAUAAUCUUGAAUUACAAAAGCAUGUUCAGUUGUCUUAUUUCUUAGAAUGUGCCAGAAGUGGAAUCCACGCAGGAACUGAACACUUAUCAAUCCCCUUUUUGGCCAAAGCUCGUAAAGUGUCAGAGCUUAGCUUUGUACUUUCUGGUGCUAAAGCGAAAAGAACAAAGUUCCAAAAGUUCCAUACUUCUGCUUUAAUUGUUUUGGCAAAAAGUAACAAAACUGCUUUAUUUGAUGUUGCAAAAGAAAACGAAGAUUCUAAUCCAGAAAGCUUGAACCUUAAUGAUGAAACUUUGUUGGAACGUCCUCAAUUCGAAUCUUUGGAUGAUCUCGAAAUGGAAGAUGAUGGCCCAAGCUCAAAGAAAUUGAAACUUGAUGAUUUAGCCGAAAUUAGUAACGAAGACGAACAACUGGAAAAAUUAUUACCAAUAGCAUUGAGGCAAGAAGACAUUCCCGAAGACUUGAGAGAGCUCGAUCCAAACGAACAACCUGCUUUAAAUGAUCUUGAUAAUGUUCAGCUUUUAUUAAGAUUAUGGACUAUUAAGCAAACUUCUCCAUCUGGAAAUGCAUUAGUCGAAGAGGAAUUGGGAGCUUUGGUGGCUAGAAUUUUAUAUUCAGAUACCAAAAGUUCAAACUGGUCAAUUUUUGCUAGAGCAUUAUGGGAAAGAUCAGUUCUUGAAACUAAUAAGGCCAGAACUAUUGAAAGAGGUAUUUUACAAAUGACUUCCUUGGUAGAAGAAAUUGGAAUUAAGAUUAAAUCAAGAAUGAUUCCUCAAGCACAAGAAGAUGGAGAAGUUCAAGCUACAUCUGCAUCUGCAUCAAGACUUAGAUUCAUUCACCAAUUACCAUUCAUGCCUCAAUGGGCCAUGGAUGCAAGAUUAGCUGAGAAAUAUAUGUCUAUUGGUGUUUUAAGAUCUGCCAUUGAAAUUUAUGAACGUUUGAAUAUGACUUGUGAAGCAGCAUUAUGUUAUGCAGCUGUUGAUAAUGAAGCAGAGGCUGAAAAGAUUCUUAUGGAAAGAAUCAAAAGCCAUCCUGAAGACGCAAGAGCCAUUAGUAUAUUAGGUGAUAUAAAACAAGAUCCAGAUUUAUGGCUUAAAUCUUGGGAAAUUGGGAAAUAUUAUAAAGCUAAGGCUUCAUUAUCCAGAUAUUUCUACAGCCCACCCCCAAGCUCUGGAUUAACUAAAAAUAUUGAAUUGGCUAUCAAGAAUAUGAACGAAUGUCUUACAGUUCACCCUCUUUCUUAUGAGCAUUGGUUUUUCUAUGGUUGUUGCGGAUUAGAAAGUCAACAGUUUGAGUUAGCAGCAGAAGCUUUCACAAGAUGUGUUGCGCUUGACGAUACCAAUUCCCAUGCAUACUCCAAUUUAGCUACUGCAUUGCUUCAUACUGAUAAAAUCAGACCUGCCUUCAAUGCUUUAAAGAAGGCAAUUAGAAGUGCUGGUGAAGGUAAGAAAUCAUGGAGAAUCUAUGAAAACUAUUUAAUUGUGGCAGCUAAAUUGAAUGAGUGGAAUGAUGUCUUAUUAGCUGCCAAAGAAGUGUUACUGAUUAAGAGUCAAUCUGAAGGUGAAUUAUCCAUUGACAUUCCAGUUUUAGAAAAAUUGGUUGAAGUUUUAGUUUCCACCGAAUAUCCUAAAGGGGAAAAUGCUAGAUUAACCCACUAUCAAUCAUCAUGUAUUGAUCUUAUCUGCAAUAUGUUACCGAAUGUGAUAAAUACAUCUGCUAGAUGUUGGAGACUUAUAUCAAGAGUGGAAUUAUGGCGUGGGAGACCUUGGUCAGCUCUUGAAUGUCAUGAAAAGGCAUACAGAGCUGUAUCACAACGUACAGAACUUGAAACCGAUGAAACAGUUUGGAAUGAUGCCGUUGAAGCUUGUUCUGAUCUUAUUGCUGCAUACGAAUCAUUAGGUGAGUUACCAGGGAAACACGAUGCUGGUGAUGUAGUUUGCAAAGAUUGGAGGUAUAAAGCCAGAACUACCGUUAGAUCUUUGAUGUCCAAGGGUAAAGCUAUGUGGGAAGAUUCUGAAGGAUGGGAAAGAUUACAAGGAAUGAAGGAAGAUUUGGUUAAUUGA